AUGCAAUCUUAUCAAUACUAUCCAGUGAUUAUACAAAUAGGGGCAAGAUUCAUACGGGCAGGUUUUGCUGGAGAUGCUACGCCAAUCCUAAGGACACCAACAAACGCGUAUGAUUUAAGUGAUUCUCAACUCAAUAAUAACAUUGAGUUCAAACACGCGCUUCCUGAAAAGGACCAUAUACAGAAGCAGGAUGGCCUUGAAAACAACUAUUUGUGGACAUAUGAUCUGACUGAAUUUAAUGCUGCUAAACUGGAAUGUCUUCUGGAAAGGAUAAUUUAUGAUAUAUAUCAGAGAAAUUUAUUGGUUGAUGCCAAAAAAUGCAAGGUGUUGGUUUUAGAACCUCCAUUGUUUCCAAUUCCAUUGAAAAAGAUAAUAGCAAAAGUUUUCCUAUUCCAUAUUCAUGCCCAGUCCUUAAGAUUCUAUCCGGAACCUGUGUUGAGCUGCGUGAGCGCUGGAAGCAGCAGCGGGCUUGUGAUUGAUCUUGGAUGGAACCAAACAACUGUUAUUCCUAUUUUUGACUUGAGAAUGAUGUACAAAGAUAUAAAAGUCAGCUGUAAAGCUGGUCGGCAGCUACAUGAAUAUGUUCGUGAUAAGUUGAAAGAGUUUGAAAGCUGGGCUGAAGUUGAUAGCUUCAGUAUGACAGAGAAAUUGAUAUGUGAUACAUUUUAUUGCAGAACUAAAGCAAUCUUGAGAACCGAUGCUAAAGAAUUUGAAUUUGAAAACAUUAUAAUACCCAAUAGUAUAAGAUAUGAAUUGUUGGAAAGAUUUAUGUUUAAGCUGGAAGAUAGUGACCUCGACAAUGAGAAUCACCAACUAGUACCGAUGAUUACAACAACUUUGAGAAAUCUUCCAAUUGAUCUUAGAAGUGAAUUAUCAACAAAAAUCAUAAUAACUGGUGGGCUUGCCAAUAUCCCAGGUCUAAAAACUAGAAUCCUGGAGGAAGUUGAACAAAGUCUGGGUCACCCAGUUGAAGCUAUUGAUUCCUUGGGAUCUUGGGAAGGAGCUAGUCUUUACUGCUCGACUUCACUAAUGUCGCCAUCCACCACCGGAAGCAAAAAAUCAGAUGAAUUGUUCAGAGAUAAAUAUCUGAAUGGGGAGUCGGUAGUGACUGAUUGGACUGACCAGCUCUAUACUCAGCAACGGGCUCUUUAG